AUGGCCGGCCUUCUUCCCAAACUCGGAGGCGCCCUCGGCGUCUCGACAGACGUGCCCGUACUGGGGCCUAUUCUCGGAGACGGAGGAGCAGGACAGACGGGCGCUCCCAACUCAUCAGUGAGCCAGGCGACGAAGGCGCAGACAUCGGCACCAGAGUCGUCGGCGCCGCCAGCCUCAAGACCACCACCGCCACCACCACCACCACCUGCUUCAGCGCCGCCAGCAACGACAUCAUCAGAACCACCAAAGAGCACGCCUUCGCCUCCGUCAAGGACACCGACGCCCUCAUUAUCCACAUCACAAACACCCACAGUUCGCCCUCCCACCACCUUCAUCAUCUCAACAACAACCAUCCCGUCCUCAUCCACAACGCCGUCGCUCUCAGUUGUACCACCGCUCCCAUCACCAACAUCCAUUCCCCCCUCCCUCGCGCCUUCAGAGCCGCCCGUGGUACCCAUCUCCACCCCGGAGGUCCUCACGCCCUCACCGGUGCCCUCCUUCAUCCCCCCUCCACCAGCAGAGACCACACCUCUGUUAACUCCCACGCCGACACCGACGCCGGCGCCCAGCACGAUCGCGGCGCCGAGCCAGGCGCAACAGUCCGGCGGCAACGGCGGCGCGAAGCUGAUGCCCGCGCUGCCCAUCGCGCUCGGCUCCGUGGGCGGCGUGCUCAUCUUCGGGCUCAUCAUCGGCAUGCUGUACCGCAAGAGCAAGUGGCCGUUCCACAAGCGGAGGAACUUUGCCGAGAUUGACGACCUGGAAAUCGAGCGGCAGCAGGAGAUCGAGAGGCAGCAGAAGAUGAAGUGGGAUCCGAGAGUGACAAGGACGUUUAAGCAGCAGCAGGCUGCGGCGGCCGGUGUGAACUUUUAA